AUGACUUCCAUACCUCCAAUCGCUGGAAUUCCCUCCCUAUCCACUGUUGAGAGAUCCAGUGUCCUCGACGCCCUAUUCGAGCCAUGUACUGCUCUCCAUACACUCUCUAUGGAUUUACUUCAUACCACAACUUUCGAGUCGUACAAUGAUCUUAUCGCAAGUGUCGGUACCCAACUUGUUGAUCUGUCAGAAAGUACAUUACCAAGUGAUAGAGAGUGGCUAGACAAGAUUCUUGGUUCCCAUCCUAGAUUAGGCGAGAAGAAAGUAGAAAGUGUACAAUCUAAAGCCGAACAAGCUCAAUUGAAUACUGGACCUACAGAAGAAGCUGAAAAGUUAAAAGCUCUCAAUGAAGAAUAUGAGAAGACUUUCCCGGGCUUAAGAUAUGUUGUUUUCGUAAAUGGAAGAUCAAGACCUAUAAUUUUUGAAGAUAUGAGAAGAAGAAUAUCAAGAGGAGAUAUUGGACUCGAGAGGAAAGAGGCUAUUCAGGCUAUGUGUGAUAUUGCAGUAGACCGCGCCACCAAGCUACAAAAAGCAUUUUGA